AUGCCGUCUUCGGAUUACGCCUCCGCUGGCGGCGGCGCUCUCAAGCUCAAAGGUGCCGGCAUCGACAAGAAAAAGAAAAAGAAGAAGCCAAAGACCGCCGAACCCACCGCCGAGGCUUCUACAAAAGUAAAGUCGCGCUCAAAGUCGCCGUCGGGUACACCGCGCCGCUCGAUAUCACCAGACGCAGCCGAGCAAGCCAUCAAGGAGGAUGGCGGGCGAAAGAAAACUGAGGCGGAGAAACGGCACGAGGAGAUGCGGAGGAAGAGACUGGAGGACCGGCUGAAGAAGGAGGGUGUUAAGACGCACAAAGAGAAGGUGGAGGAGCUGAACAAAUACCUGAGUGGUCUGAGCGAGCACCACGACAUGCCGAAAAUCGGACCGGGCUAA